UCGAUGGGGACACAAGCACACACAUACACACGCUCCCUUCUAGCUGUUCUAGCUCCGUCUGUCCACAUGCAAGCACUGCACUGCAGUAGAGCGCAGGAAACAGAGCAGUCCUUCUUCUGCUGGGGCAUGGACCACAAAGGCUCAAACUCCACUCCACCGGAUCCUUCAUUCCUUCUCCAUCGACAAGCCCCUCAUCCGACAUUCGACAUCCGACUAUGGCUGUCAUCGAGGAGAUCAUCGAGGACGAAACCGUCGUCUCCCCUAACGUGGAUACCAAGGACACCGCAAGGCACACCAGUAACGACACAACUGCCGCCUCGACAGAGAAAGGCAGCAUUGGCGAGAACCUGGACGUCACCACGCCCCUGGCGAACCUGCAGCUUUCAGAGGACGAGGAACUCUUCCAGGAGGCAUCUGGAUACAAGGCCAAGGGGAACCAAUCCUUUGGACAGGGCAAUUACACCGAGGCAUUGAAAUAUUAUCAGCUCGCCCUGACAACCUGCCCGUCCCCAAAGCCCGCAGCCCCAUCAACUGACUCAACACCUACGGGAAUUCAAUCAAAUGCAAAUCAACAAGUAACAGACAAGUACAAGGCCGAGCGGGCUGUCUAUCAUUCGAACAUGGCAGCAUGCCACAUCAAACUGAAGGAGUACCAGGCGGCGAUCGAAGGGUGCACCGCCGCCUUGGAACUGGAUCCGUCCUUUACGAGAGCACUUCAACGGAAGGCGCAGGCUGAGGAGUUGGUCGGAACCUUCUCGAGCAUGAAUCAGGCCAAGGAGGAUCAUGAGCAGGUGAUCGAAACGCUAAAGAUCGAGCUGGGCUUGAUCCAGCCCAAAGAAGAGAACUCAAAGGAGCAGGACUCUGAUGAAUCUGCUGACAACGAGACUGCGCCCACGGACGGUUCCCAACCAGAACCGUCGUCGUCAACAGCAUCAACAGCAACAUCAGCGACCGCCACCUCGCCAAGGACAUCAAUACGGACCGUACCGCGUCCAGCACAGGACGAGCGGCCGGUGUAUAAGCCCAGGAAACUGGAUCUGGACGAGGCAGGGAAGAAGAAGCAUCGGUUGAUGAUCCAGACAAGUGAGCAGGCGCUCAAGCGGAUGGAGCCAAUCCUGAAGGAGUUGAUGGAGAAGGAGAAGGCGGAAAUGCUGGCAAAACUGAAGUCGAUGGGGAACACGAUCCUGGGCAAAUUUGGGCUGUCGACGGACAACUUUCAGAUGAAGCAGGAUCCGAACUCGGGAGGCUACUCGUUCAACUUUGUCAACAAUUCAUAGAAAGGCAGUAGAAACUCCUGUCAUGCUGCGAAAUAAAAAACACGGAAAAAAGAAAUACAAAUUGUAUGGGCCAGUGGAGUGGCAUGGAACGCUGACCUCGCAAUAAUGGACGGGUACGGUCGAGAGCCUUGGGCGUGGUCAGUAUGGCCAUGAGAGAAAUGGCCAUGAAGGAAAAUGACAACUGAUGUGAUUAAUUCAUUUAUCGAUAUCUAUUGCGGUACAAAUUGCUUUCAGGUCCGUGUUCGAUUGCUCAAAAGACACAAGGAAACCACUUUUUUUUUCUCAUGGCAAGCCGUGGCAACUGUUCCUAUUGAUAGCGACUUCCUCCUCUCCUCUCCCCCUUUUUCUUGUUA